AUGAUAGGGGAAGAAGAAAAAAGUAGUAAUAAGUUGGAUUUUGAGGAGACAGAAUUAAGGCUAGGGUUGCCUGGUGGAGGAAGAAAAAAUGUUCAUGAUGAUAAUGAUACUUAUAAUGUUAAUGGUAAAAGAGGUUUUGUGGAUUUGAAGCUCAACCUUUCUUCUGAUGUUAACAACAUUAAGAAUUCAACACUCAAAACCCCAGCUGCCAAGACACAAAUUGUGGGUUGGCCACCAGUAAGGUCCUUUCGAAAGAAUAUUUUGACUUCCCAGAAGCUUGGCCAAGAGAGUGACAAUAUUUUAGUGAAGGUGAGCAUGGAUGGUGCACCUUACCUUAGAAAAGUGGACUUAAACAUGUACAAGAGCUAUCAAGAAUUAUCUGAUGCCUUAGCAAAGAUGUUCAAUUCCUUCACUAUUGUCCAAGGAAUGAAGGAUUUCAUGAAUGAGAGGAAACUGAUGGACCUUUUGAAUAGUUCUGAUUAUGUUCCUACCUAUGAAGACAAAGAUGGUGAUUGGAUGCUUGUUGGAGAUGUCCCAUGGGGGAUGUUUGUUGAUUCUUGCAAACGCUUGCGCAUCAUGAAAGGAACCGAAGCAAUUGGACUAGCACCAAGGGCUAUGGAGAAAUGCAAGAACAGAAAUGGAUGAAAUCAGGCCGACUUCUUCUUAUUAUUGAAUAUAAUCGAUCAAAAUUUUAUCGAUUAUAGCUAGUGUUUGUCCGAAUUAAAUAGUGUAUUAUGUAUUAAUGCUACUAUUGUGAAGUUGCUUGUAUGUAUUAAUAAUGAGUGUAGCAUAUUUAUUUCUAUA